AUUUUGCAAAGAACAUGGAGGGCCCUUACAGAUUUAGACUCCCCUGCAGAAAUGGCUUACAUUGAGACCGUUCGCUUCGACUAUGGCGUGAAUAGAGAGGAGCCCCUGCGAAAUGUUCACUUCUUCACCAAGACUGAGCCAAACGUGCCAUUCUUCCUAAGAGAGGAACAGGAGCCACGUGUACUCCCCAAAAACAUGCUGGAGCGGAAAAUAAGGGUCUACUGCAAGAGUACGGAGACUUCCUGUCGGGACGAGAUCCUGGAAUGCUUGAGGCCGUGUUGGGCCGACCUACACCAAGCAGGGACCAUUCUUUCCAUGCCUGCAAAUGUAAUAUCUCCAACAACGCCAGCGUCCGGUCGAAAGGACUUUAAAAGCAACAUCUACAACCCAGACGCGUACAGUCAAAGCCCUGUGAAACGAAACCUCUUUAGGGAAGAUGAGCCAUCUACCUCACAGCAGUCCAUGACCAGGAGAUCAGAGCGACUCGCGAAAAAGAUGUUAUAG